CGCUCAACGUCUUUAGGAUCGGCCAUGGUUGUGCGCCAUCCUGUUGCCCCCGAAAGCAAUAGCAACAACAACAACAACAACAACAACAACAACAACAAUGUUGCUACUGGUACCCAGGUCGAUCAGCUGUGUGAGAUGACCUCGCGUGUCUCCUUGGAUGAACGCGUGCCACAAUACAGCACCAGCACUACCAGCAAUAACAGUAUCUCGAGCGGUAGCAGUCAAGCGGCUGCGGCUGCGGCUGCGGCAGCAGCAGCAGCAGUGUACAACUCAUACCCUCAGCAACAACAAAAGCAACAACAACAACAGCAUCAUCAGCAUCAUCAUUUGCACAAAAUGUCAUCGAAUGGUAGCUUAAAUAUGGUGCGACGUAUGGGUAGCUACGGUAACCUGCACCAUUCCCCUCAAGUGUUUAAUGCCCCCAUGACCAAUCAAGAUUCCUCACACAGCCCCAUUGAUCUCGACGAUGCGCACGCUUCCUAUUCCCCUCGACACCAGCGCCGCAGUUUCAACAUGUGGCGUCAUUCCUCUUCAUCUCCACCUCCGCAACAACACUAUACUCGUCAGCGCCACGGUAGUAUGGGAUUCAGCAGCAGCCCUAGUGACUCAUCGCCGUCGUCGUCGUCUUCGUCAUGGCAACAUCGGAUGCCCCGUCAGUCGCGGUCGAGUGUGAACCUGUGUCAACAGGCUGGAUUUCGCAAGUCUACGCCUCCGCCUGGGUUUGCACCCAACGAUGGCUUUGUCAUGCCUCAGGGCGAUGCUGCCGUGGCCGCCGCCGUAGCUGCCGCUGCUGCUGCUGCGAAUGGGUAUGGUGGGCCGUACUAUGCAUACCAGCAACAUCCACUCGGCAUCCCCACACCGCCACCUUCAUCGUCUCCUGUGCACCAAAAGCAAGGCACCUCCUCUUCGCCAUACCAACACUCUGUAAUGUAUCUAUAAUCCCCUUCUUCUAUAUCUGUUUUUCUUCCUUGAUUCUUUUCACAUCUGUCCACCCAAACAAAGCCCAUAUACAUAUUUAUAUAUCAAUUAGUACUAUACCUUACCUGUAGUUCCUCUUCCUCUUCUUCUUUCUUCAGUCGCACUAUGACUCUUCAUUCUUCUUAUUAUUAUUAUUAUUAUUAUUACCAUCAUUAUUAGUGUAUAUAUCUAUCACCACAACACAUACACAAAGCAUACAUAUCUGCA